AUGGCAGAUUCCUUACCCCAAACUACAAAGCACCACUCACCCAACAAAGCAGAGCCCAAGGCCUCUCUUUCGUCAAUCUUCUUCACCUCAAGAAAAGCUUCUACCUUUGCUUAUGGAAUCGCCUUUACCUUCAUUGCCUUCACUUCUUUCUGGGUUUUCAACCCAUCUGGCUACUCUUUCCCUUUUAGCUUCAACACCAUCUUCUACUCUUCUCCUUCCAGCUCUUAUCAGGAAGUUACUAACACCCCAAAAAUUGAAUCUUUACCUCAUUUGGGCAGCAAUGGAAGUUUGAACAGUGAAAUGGGUGCUUCUCAGUUUUCUGGGAAGAUGGGAAAUCAGAGCAGUUCUCAAAUGAGUAUUGAUCAAUCUUCGAAACCCAUGAUUUCUUUUCCCCAAGAAUCCAAUCAGACUAGAAAUGAGUCCUCUGUUUCUGAGGGUUCUAGUGAGGAAAAUGGCUAUGUGGCAUUGAAGUCCAUAAGCAAUGAGGGGUUGUUGGCUGGGUUUAAGUUGAUGAAUGGUUGUGAUCUGUUUGAUGGAAGAUGGGUGAGAGAUGAUUCAUACCCACUUUAUGCUGCUGGGUCUUGUCCAUUCAUUGAUGAGUCUUUCAAUUGUUUUCUCAAUAGUAGGCCUGAUAAUGGGUAUGAGAAGUAUAGAUGGCAACCCAAAGAUUGCAACCUCCCAAGGAUGAAUGGAAGGAACAUGUUGGGAUUAUUGAGAGGAAAGCGUCUAGUUUUUGUUGGUGAUUCUCUUAACAGGAAUAUGUGGGAGUCUUUGGUUUGUCUUCUUAGGAAUUCAGUGGAUGAUAAGAGCAGAGUUUUUGAAGCUUCUGGCAGGAGUGAAUUUCGUACAGCGGGCGCCUGCUCUUUUAUAUUCAAGGAUUACAAUUGUUCAGUGGAGUUCGUUCAAUCGCCAUUUCUAGUUCAAGAAUCAGAGGUGCUAACUACAAAUGGGUCAAAGAAGGAAACACUACACCUGGAUAUGAUACACAGAUCAUUAGAUAAUUACAAAAGUUCAGAUGUUCUUGUCUUCAACACAGGUCACUGGUGGACUCAUGAGAAAACUUCCAGAGGGCAGGGUUAUUAUCAAGAGGGUGACCAUGUCUAUGAUCAAUUGAAUGUCAAAGAGGCGUAUGGAAAAGCUAUAGCAACAUGGGCCAGAUGGCUGGAUGCUAAUAUAAAUCCUGAAAAAACCAUUGUUUUCUUCCGGGGCUAUUCGCCUAAUCACUUUAGUGGUGGAAGAUGGAAUACUGGAGGUCAAUGUCAUGGUCGGACAGAGCCAAUUCAAUAUGAGGCAUACAAAGGAAAAUAUCCGGCAAAGAUGAGAAUACUGGACUCAGUAAUCAGGGAAAUGAAGACCCCAAUCUUUUAUCUGAAUAUUACAAAAAUGACGGACUUUCGAAGGGAUGCUCAUCCAUCCGUCUACAGAAAGCAGAAUUUGACAGAGGAGGAUAGACAGUUGUCUUUGAGAUCCCAGGAUUGCAGUCAUUGGUGCCUCCCUGGUGUUCCUGAUACAUGGAACGAGCUUCUAUAUGCUCAUCUCCUUAGAUAUACCCACCAUAGGUGA